CACAUAUCUUUAGUUCUUUUUUGUUUUAUAUCUCACAUCUCAAUUCUCCAAAACAGAAGUGGAGUGAAAGAAAAAUUCCAUACACAACAUUGAAGAGUUUUUGCAUUUAAUAUGGCUGAGUUGAACAGCCAACAACCUCGGAGUGUUGCCGGUGGUACGACGACAUUCAAUGACCAUCCGGUUUCACCCUUAAAUGCUGUCCCACAUAAUCUUUUAACUGAUUUUACUUUUAGUGAAGAUGAAGAUGCAUUGGUUGAGAGUAGAGUUGUUGAAGAUCCUGAACCAAUAUCUUCAGAGUUUCCAGUCCAAGUUUUCCGGCAUGAAAAUGAGAACGUGGAUGAUUCUGCCUCUGAUCUGAAUCAAAACGACAUCAAUGAUGAUGAGGAUGGGGGUUCAGAAUUGUACUUUUACAGAGUUGCUAUCCAGAGGUAUUCAGGCGGAUGAGGAAUUUUAUGUUCACCACACACCCAAUGGCACUAGAAUGUGGUGUCCUAAUGUUCCUAUUGUUUUAAGGCCUGUUGUUGGUUGUGUAUAUGAAACGUGGAAGGAUGUGUUCCGUAUGUA